AUGCGUAGGGGUUUGUUGGGUGGAAAGAAUGCCGCGGAGCAGUGGGUGAAGGGUGGCUUCAAGGCCAAGAUGGACCGGAAGGAAGCUCUUGCAAUCCUUGGCCUCAAGGAUGGCGCUGCACUAAAGAAGCAGCUGAAGGAUGCGCAUAGGCAGAUCAUGCUCGCGAAUCAUCCUGACCGCGGCGGCUCGCCAUACCUCGCCAGUAAAAUCAACGAAGCCAAGGACUUGCUUGAUAAGGAGAGCAAGUCGAGGUGA